AUGGACCUCACUGCGUCUGUUGCUGCUGCUUCUGCAGCGUCGAGCGGGCUGGGGGGUUUGUGCGGGUCUGCGGGCCUGCAGGACGAGCUGCUGAACAACUCGCUGCAGGAGGGCUUUCCCGCUGCAGCAGCAGCAGCAGCAGCAGCAGCAGCGGGGGGCCCGCGGCCGCCGCCGCGGGGCGUGCCGCCGCACCCGCUGGAGCUGCAGCAGAAGCAGCUGCUGCUUGCUGCAGAGCAGCAGGAGCUGCAGCGCGUUGCUGCUGCCUUCGGCAGCUACGCCGCUCUUCGCCUCAAAACUGAAAGAGAGCUUUGCGCCACCGCCCAGCGCCUCCCGGGCCUCCCCUCUUCUCUCUGGGGCCUCCAGACCCUCAUGGGCCUCGACAUUUCCAUUUCUCCUCAAGACUAUUUGGGCCGCGAGAAGCCAGAGCUUGAGGGGGGGCCCCUCCUCACCCUCCACGACCGCAUCGAGCGCGCCAUGGGCAUUUAA